CCCUUCUCUCUCUUCCUCUCUCUCUUACCCCCUCUUCAUUUCUGCCAGCCAGCCUUUUUCCCCUUCCUCACUUCUCCUUUCCCCUCUCCUCAAUCCUGGAGCUUUUGCCAGGAGAAUCAGAAUGGAGACUUGUCAUGAGAGUUGCCAGGUAGAGCCAGAACAGGGCCAGGAUCAGCAGGUAGACCUGACUGAUGACUUGAGUAAGCAGCUUGAAGACAUCAUCAAUACCUACCAGGAGGACGAUGAGGAGCCUGAUGAGCAGGAGGAGGCGGAGGAGGUGGACGACACGCUGAAGGAGAAGGUCACCAAAAAGAGUACUGCCAAAGAGCAGAAACUGGAAAAAAAGCUGCUCAAAAGCCUUGGCAAAGAGGCCAUGCUAUUGAUGCAAAGCUUGAACAAGCUGGGCAGUACAGAACAAAAACUGGAGGCCAUAAUCAAGAAGCAUGCUGAGCUGCUGGAAGAGCACCGCGGAGACCAGAAGCAGCUAAAGGUUCUGCAGAAGAAGCUUCUCCAGGUGAUGAAGGAGAAAGACCAGCUUCAGAGUGAACACAGCAGAGCCGUUCUGGCCCGCAGCAAACUGGAGUCCCUGUGCAGAGAGCUGCAAAGACACAACAAGACUCUUAAGGAGGAGACCCUCCAGAGGUGCAGAGAGGACGACCUGAAGCGGAAGGAGAUCACCACUCACUUCCAGAGCACGCUGACGGACAUCCAAGCCCAAAUCGAGGAGCACAGCACCCGCAACACAAAGCUGUGUCAGGAGAACAGCGAGCUGGCCGAGAAACUCAAGGGCCUCAUCACCCAGUAUGAUGCCAGAGAGACGAACCUGGAAAAGGUCUUUAAACAUCGAGACCUGCAGCAAAAGCUGUUGGAAACCAAACUUGAGCAGGCGAACAUGAUCAUCAAAGACUUGGAGGAGAAACACAAGCGAGAGAGAGAGCAUCUGAUCCAUAAGGCGGCACAGUCUCAGGUGAAGGUACAGGUGCUGAAAGAACAGGAGGAAGGUUUGCAGGCCCAGCUUUCCAUGUACUCUGAGAAGUUUGAUGAGUUCCAGGGGACGGUGUCAAAGAGCAACGGGGUCUACGCCAGCUUCAAACAGGACAUGGAAAAGAUGACCAAGAAGAUGAGAAAGCUGGAGAAGGAGUCCAUUCAAUGGAAAAACCGUUUCGAGGGCUGCAACAAGUCUCUUAUAGACAUGCUUACAGAUAAAACCCUGAAGGAGAAGGAGUUUGAACUGUUCACCAUAAAGACCCAGAAGCUAGAGAAACUGUGCCGGGCACUGCAAGAGGAGAGAAAUAGCCUCUUUCAUAAGCUCCAGGAAGCCAGUCCAUCAACUACCACCAACGUAGCGGAGACGAACAAAAACGAGACAAAAGACCAGGGAAACCCUGUAGCUGCUGAUGAGAAGCCUGAUGAGACACCCUCUGAAAAACCUGCUACUGCACCCCCUGCUCCAGUAACCCCAGUAGAGUGCCCAGCACCCCCCGCUCCAGCAAAAUCCACUCCUGCCACUCCCCUGACCAGAGAGCUGGACAGCCUGAAGGCCCAGAAGUCUCGUCUGGAGGAGAUUCAAACGUCGUUUACCCUUUCCAACGUUAUACCACCUGAGUACUUUGACAGCGAGGAAGAAGUGGAGGAGGAAAGAAACGCAGAGGAGCCGCAUGGACACACUAAGGCUUUAGAGGCCAAUAGCGAGGCCACCGAGGCCCCAGAGGAACAUAACACAGAGAUGUUGAGAGGGGACCAGAUGAUGGAAGGCACCACCAGCCCUUCUUCUUGUCCUCCGGCAGCAGCUGAAGAAGAUGAAACCCAGGCGCAGAGAGAUUGGGAACUGGAGACAGUUGACUAGUCUAGUGUGCGGUUAUCGUAGGUCACAAUUAGAACAUUACUUUUACAUUUUAGUAUUUCGGA